AUGUGGAUCCGAGUCUGGCAUUCUAACCGCAACCCCCAGCUCAUUCUCACAUACUAUCUUGAGACCAUCCAGAAACUGGGCCAUAUUCCGCUAGUGACUCAGAGUGAUCCCGGCACUGAAAACUACGGAAUCGCCAACGCACACACUAUGCUUCGUCAAAUGUACGAUCCGGCGCUGCAAGGUACAUUACAACACCGCUGGAUGCGGACCAAGAAGAACGUUAAACCGGAGAUCACUUGGUCUCAGUUACGGCGACGGUUUACUCCUGGUUUCGAAACACUCUUGGAUGAAGGAGUGGAGAACGGCUGGUAUGAUAGCGAUAACACCCUUCAGGUCAUGAUCUUCCGCUGGAUUUUUAUUCCGUGGCUUCAGUGCGAGCUAGAUAGGUAUCAGGACCGCGUUAAUAACACCCUCAAGAGGCCAGAUCGUAACAAGGUGCUUCCACAUGGUGUACCUAAUUUAAUAUACGAGUCUCCAGAAGAUUUCGGGGCCUUAAACUUUAAGGUAACAGUCAAACAAGACGAUAUAGACUAUGUCCGCCGUCUUUAUGUGAACCCUGAUCAUCCGGUCUUCGAUUUGGUUCCCCGACGCCUCAACAACUUCAUUCAAGGCUGUUAUGAAGACCUAGGCCGUCCUCCAAUCACUCGCCAGUCCGUGUGGACGAUCUACUUAGAUUUGUAUGAUUCAAUGCAGCGCUCUGUGCAGGUGCCAGCCGUUGUCAGGUCUCUUACAGAUGGCACUGACCCAGACGAAGAGGAAGAGCCUUUGCCUCUCCUCGAAAACCAAAACGACCUUUUUUUUCACGAGGAUACUGAUGGCGCUUACUAUAUGGGUGGCAUUCACGGCGGACAAGGUCUCGGUACAUUUUCUCUGUUUGAAUCAAGUUUGCGCUAA